GUUCUAGGAUGGCGUCCGUUAUACAUUAUCCUAAAUCUCGGAGAGAUGAAAAUGCGGUAAAUGAUUAUCAUGGCUCGAAGAUUCACGAUCCUUACGUUUGGUUGGAAGACCCAGACUCGGAGGAAACGAAAAGAUUUAUAGAACAGCAAAACGCUAUUACGAUGCCCUAUUUAUCAGCUUGCGAGACGAGAGAAAAUUUCAAGAACAGGCUAACUGAGAUGUGGGACUAUCCAAAGUAUGGUUGUCCAAUUAAAAAAGGAGCAAAGUACUUUUACUUACAUAACUCUGGUCUGCAAAAUCAAAGUGUUUUGUAUGUCCAAGACUCUUUGGAAAGUGAAGCACAAGUAUUUCUUGACCCCAAUAAACUGUCUGAAGAUGGUACUGUGGCAUUGGCUAAAAGAUCUUUCUCUGAUGAUGGAGAGUUCUUUGCUUAUUCGUUGUCACAUAAGGGAUCAGAUUGGGUCACCAUAAAGUUUAUGAAGGUAGAUGGUCAAGAACAGUUGCCAGACACUUUAGAGAAUGCAAAGUUUACAAGCAUGGCUUGGACACAUGAUAACAAGGGAUUAUUUUACAAUCGUUACCCAACUGGUGACAAAGCAGAUGGAACAGAAACUGAUCUAAACCUCAACCAAAAGCUCUAUUACCAUGUUCUUGGAACCAGCCAAUCUGAUGAUGUUCUCUGUGCUGAAUUUCCUGAGCAUCCAAAGUGGUCUACAGGUGCAGGAGUUAGCGACUGUGGAAGAUAUUUGAUUUUAACCCCUCAUGAAGGCUCUGCCCCAUUCAAUAGACUCUUUUACUGCGAUCUCAAAUAUCAAGAGGGUAUUACAGGUUUGCUUCCUUUUGUGAAGGUUGUGGACAAUUUUGAUGCACAAUAUGAGUACAUUACCAACGAAGGAACACUGUUCACCUUCAAAACGAAUUUCAAAUCUCCCAAAUACAAGUUGAUUAACAUAGACUUUUCAAAACCAGAAAUGGAAAACUGGACCACUUUGGUUGAAGAAGACGAGAACGACGUCUUAAAAUGGGCUACCUGUGUCAAACAGAACUUUCUGGUACUCUGCUAUCUUCAUGAUGUCAAGAGCAUUCUUCGCCUUCACAAAAUCACUGGAGAAAGACUCAUGACCUUCCCACUCGAUAUCGGCAGCAUUGUAGAGCACUUUGGAAAGCGGAAGGAUUCAGAGAUUUUCUACAAGUUUACUUCGUUUCUGACUCCUGAGGUCAUCUAUCGUUGCGAUUUGACGCAGGAAGAUCCCCAACCCAAGGUUUGCAUUUGA